UUUAUAUUCUUAAAUAUUUUGGUUCUGGAAAUUAUUUUUGAUAAAAUUAUAUUUAAUUAAUUAAUGAAAAAAAUAAAUGAAUGGUCGUGGGGUCUUAAAUUCGGAAAUUAUAUAAUUUGGGACUGAUACUGUGAUACUAAGGUUGUCAACCCACGGGUCGACCCGGAUUAACCCGGACCCGGCCAAAAAAAGGGUCAUACCAACCCAUUUUCAUGUCAGCCCGAAAAUAGUCAAACCAGGAGAAACCCAGUCAAACCUGGGUUGGCCCGGUCGGUUAGCCUGUUGGAGCGGGUCAGCGGGUUGCUCUUUUGAGCCCCGUUUUGGCCACUGCGUCGCCGUUUCUGCGGACUGCGCGGAGAGCAAACGAGGAGGGGAAGCGGCGCCGUUAUGCUUGGUUUUGGCCUCCUGGUCGUCUGGAAACCAAAACCCUACAAACAUACAUCGCAUUCCAUUUCCAGCAGCGCAACCAUCUCCCUCUCCCGCAACCGAACGAUAUCGCCACGUCAGGGUUCUUCGGCGGGGCGCUCCAGGUCGCCGGCGGAGAGAAUCAUCUUCGCAGGUCGGCCACCACCGUUCCGUCUCCCCUCCCUUCAGCUCGGCCGCCUCUGAUCGCCGCCUUAGCCGCCUGUGCCUCCACCCUUCUCAUUGUCGGUCACCAAUUUCUUCAUCGGCGGAGACCAUCUUCUCAUUGUCUUUUCUUUUCCAUUAUUCGUGACCCGAGCCUCUCCAUUACCUUUAGUUCCUUGAGUUAUAGUCAUUUGGUAAGGGUUUGGGACUUGGUUCCAAUAAAUGGAACGAAAGAUAUAUGUGAUGUUUUGUGAAUGAUUUAAGUGUUAUUGAAUUUUUACUAUGUUGAAUUUUUACUAUGUUGAAUUUAAGUUGAUGUUAUUUAAGUGUGUUGGAGUUGAAGUAGUGUUGCAUUUUUUUAUGUUGGAUUCAGAAUAAGUAUAAUAUAUUUACAUUUUUCAUAUUUUUGGGCUAAACCGGGCUAAAACGGGUGACCCAUUGACCCAUGACCUACUAACUAGUCCGUGUACGGUUUGACAACCUUGGAUACAAAAUCCAGCCGAAGAUCUCUCCAGUGUCCUACAGACUAUAGUACAGAUUACAGAGUCAAUUCCAGUCCAAGACCCAAACGAUCUUCUCUUCCUACUCCGGUAGACGUCCAUGGAGGAUUCGGGGGACGAGGUUUUGCUGAAUUCUCUCCGUAGCGCCGGCGUUUCAGUCCCAGCCAACAUUUCCAACGUCCGGGACCUGCCGCCUUCCGUCUUCGUUUCUCUCUGCGCUCGGUGCCUUAACCUAAUCGAUGAAACGGCGGAGCUGCCCACUUCUCUGCCCGACUCCACGGUCGAUAAGUUCAAGAUCUGCACGGACGUCGCGCUCGCUGUUAAGCGGCUCGGUUAUAUUGGGGAUAUGAGCUACUACAAGCUCCUUUAUCCCUCUGAAGAGGACCUGUAUAAGUUAUUAAGAUUCUUGUUGGAGAGGCUCGCUAGGUCAUCUGAUGUGGUCAGAGAGGAUGUAAAUCCUGGAAGGAAACUGAAAGGGCGUCAUCCCUUGGGGAAUGAAACGGAGAAUGCUGAUUUUGAAACGUCAAGUCCAACUUACCAUGAUGGAGACUUGAAGGGUUCAGAUAUUCAUAGCAGAACAAAAGGGUCCACAAGUUCCCAUGCAAAUGAUGUGUCCUACGGCAACCAGAUGGACCUAGCAAGUGAGGCCGUUGAAAGCCUCUCCAUGGAAGAAUCCGAAGAAGUGCCUCUUGGAGACGAAGACAACAAUGCUGAGGUGGAUAAGAUAUCCAAGAUGAGAAAUGAUCUUGAGAAGUUGCAAAAGCAUGAAAAGGACCUGACAGAGGAGGUAAUGGCAAAUACUGCAGCAACAAGGUGUAUUGAACAAGAGUUUGAAUUAUUGAAGGCAGCAGGAGAAAUGGGGCUCGACGACCUACACCCUGUUGAAUUCUACAUUGAUCAGCUGAAUGAGCAAAUAGAAGCAUCAAAGAAAAAUGUUUUGGACCUGGAUUCACAGUGGAACAAUUAUAGACAGCCAUUAGAAGAGAAAAAGAAAAGCAUAGAGGAUUCUCUCUAUUCAGAAAUACCGGAGGCUCAAGGAAAGCUUCAUAAGCUCAGGGAACUUGAUUUGGAAAGAGAGUCAGUUCUUUCCGAAAUUAGGAGGAGGGAGAAGGAACACUCCAAACUUUGUAGAGAUCUCGAGAAGCAAGGCAGGCAACCAUCUAGACUGUCCUACAUUGAGAGGGUCAAAGAGAUUACAAAAAACAGCCGGAAACAAGAUGGUGACAUAGAGCGGAUAUUGAAAGAAACCAGGGAACUACAGCUGGAGAGCAACUCCAUUCAAGAACGCCUCCAUCGUACCUAUGCAGUUUUAGAUGAAGUGGUGUUCAGGGAAGCAAAGAAAGACCCAGUUGGGAGACAAGCUUAUCGAUUGCUGACGAGCAUCCAUGAGUGCUUCGAACAGAUCUCGGAGAAAAUCCUAACCAGUGACAGGGUAGGCAGAGAAGUGGCUGAGCAUGAGAAGAAACUGGAAGCCUUGACUUCUUCCCGAGGGUUAAACAUAGAGAAACUGCAAGCUGAUCUCGAUGCCAUUAGGCAGGAAAACCAGCUUCUCGCUCAACAACACCUUCAAGACAAUUGAGCAAGGGAAAGAAGACCCACAUAGUGCAUUGCUAAAUACCAGGAGCAUGAAUUGCUGUAUCAUUUCACCAUUGCCAAUUUGUUCCUAUUUUUUGUUAAUUUCUUUGUGAAAGUGAGUAAUUUGUUUUUUUUUAACAAAUAUUUUGACAAAUCAUCGAUCAGAAUUCACAACCAUGCAUUCUUAACAAAUCCAUUAAUUUAUUUCAACAAUCAAUUAUCCAAACUUUACUCAGAAUUCCAUUUACUUCAUGCUUCCAACAAUCAGCAACUACUACAAGCGGUGGAUGAUCUCUACCUGGUUUUUUCAACCGGGAAGUAAGGUAAUGCUAUCCAUGUCGAAGCUGGUGCUUUGAAAGGAAAAGCUGGGCCAUGUGGCCAUGGGUCCCUUUUAGUCUGGUGGUUAAGGCAAAAGGAUAACAACGUGAGGAAGUGGGGGCAGAAGCAGAAGAAGAAGGGUGAGGCAGAGACAAAGGAGCAGUCGUUGUUCACCAUUAAAACCCAUUUCAGUUGGCAGUCAGGUGGUGGCACCAAAUGCAACGGAUGAGAUGACACAAGUGCCAAAGCUAGAAUGGAGUGGAUGCAAUUGUUGUCUUGUGUUUAUUUGGGGCGGUUGCCAGAACUAGCAAACUUCUGAACCGUGCUCUCAAAGGCAAGUGGCGAGUCAUUUCUUGGAAAAAGGAAUCACCCUACCUACCUACUGGUAGUUCAUUUCAUCGAAUAUCACUACUACCCUCAUUCCAAAUCCAUGCCGUUGAUUUGGGUGGGUUUAAGCUGCAGGAUACUCUUCUCCAAGUAUUCGAUCCAGAAUGAAAGACGAACGUACUAUAUGUUAAUACGAAACGCAACACAAUCACUCAUUUGUUCUCGUAUCUUACGUCCACAUUAAGCGGUCCAACCACAAAUCGAAACGGCUAAUAGUGCACUAAUUCAGUGCUUCCGCCUAAAUAGGUUAAGUCAGGUUCCCCAAUCAUCGUUUUCCUUUUCUUUUUCUACCAGUUCUGACUUUCCAUUGCAAUGAUGUAUGUCUGUACUGUAUGUAUGCAUGUUCACGGUUCACCAAUGUAGUAAAAGACAAUUUGGCAAUGGCUCCACAUUUUUUUGGUUUUUCCUUCUUUGCGCCAUAGGACACUCAAGCUUGUGAAUUUUGAAUAUAGCCGGUGAGAAUUCAAACGUUAACAAAUAAAUAAGCAAGAAGCCUCUUUUUUUUUUUGUAAGUACUAAAUUAUUUGGAUUUUGAAGUGAUCUUUAAUGUACUAGGAUGCUUUAAGUACAUUCACUUCUUUCUUAAUCUUUUGUGGUCAUCAUAGCCAAGAAAAUAGAGGUUUCCAAUGUACCAAUAAGCUUUGUUAUGGGGU